AUGGCUGCGAUCAUAGCCCCUGGCGCGCAGUCUCGCUAUCGGCUGGCUUAUGAGCGAGAAUUUUACAAAUACAUCCCGCGCGAGCAUUCGACGUCGCACUAUGCCCCCUUCGACCGUGCCAGUGGCGAUGACUUUACGCCCCAGCCAUCUCGAGAUUCCGCCUUGACUGCCUAUGCCCAGUUAGCAGCAAUUCGGCUGGACACCGACCGAGCCUUUAUCUCCAUGUUUGACCGCACCCAUCAACACGUGUUGGCAGAGGCCACUCCGACUUUGAGUCUCAUUGGUGGCCGCGUCGCAAAUGAGCCUGAGCGAUUAGUACUGGGAUGCUGCGUAUUGCCAAAAGAGAGAGGUAUUUGUCAUUAUGUUGAGUCAACGCCAUCUGGAGAACAUCAGAAGGAUGAUUCAGGUGUCAAUGAUGGCACAUUGGUCGUCCUGGAUGUGUCCAAAGAUAAGCGUUUCAAGACCUCCGAUUUGCAAGCUGCGCUGUCCGGGGUGCGCUUCUAUACGGCAGUUCCCAUUAUAAGCCCGCGGGGUCUCAGGAUUGGUGCUUUAAGUGUGAUGGACAGCAAGGCGAGAUCAUCUGGUCCCAGUCAACACUCUCUUCAAUUCAUGAAGGACAUGGCAGCGACUGUGAUGGAGCACUUAGUAAUGAAGGAAACAACACUAAAAAGCCACCGAGCCGAACGAAUGAUCGUUGGACUGGGCAGUUUUGUAGAAGGCCGGUCCACACUUCGUGACUCAUGGCACGAGGCCCACGCACAACAUGCUGCAUCAGAGAGGUCCGGGCAGUCUACAGAGGGUCAACUGGAUAUCGAGCAACAGGACCUGCAAGAGCUUGCCAAGGAGACAGGCCAGAAAACUCUUGCCAUCCGAGAAUCAUCAGAGAGGGUUGAGAGCCCUCCGAUGGAAGACUCGUCAACCUUGAGGCAUCAGUCAAGGAGCUCCGGCCAUAGAGCACAGCACAGCCAGGAAGACAACCAUAUCAAACAGCGUGGACUGGAGUUUUCUCAAGAAGACAGCUCUGUGCGAGCUGUCCUCGCAGGUGAUAGCUUACGAGACGACUCUCUCCCAAAUAGCAUCAGAAACGUCUUUUCGCGUGCAGCGAACUUACUAAGGGAGUCAAUCGGAGCGGAGGGCGUCAUGUUCCUUGAUGCAAAUAGUCAGCGCUUUGGAAGCCUUGUCGACAAAACCAAGCGUAGAGUGUCGGGAUUCAAUUCCAAUGGUCACACGUCAAGCAGUGAUGAGAGCACCAGCUCGGGAUCAUCGUCUCGGCGACACAUUUCCGACACUGAACAAACUUCCGAUCCCGAUCACCCAGCGAUAUCUGAGUGCUUAGGAUUCUCAAACUCUAGAGUGUCAAGUAUCAAUGACGAGCAAAGAUCUGGUGAUGCAAUUUUGGUGCCAGAGCCACUCUUUACCUCGCUGAUUCGCCGAUACCCACGCGGGAAGAUAUUUACUUACAACGCUCAGGGAUCGGUCUCAGAGGACAGUGACCGUCGAUUGCAGAAGUUAUCUGGGUCCGAAAACGAGGGGGGCGCUACUGCCGAGGAGCAUCGGCCAUCUAGCAAACGGAGAAACAAGCCACGCUCUAAGCAUCAUGCUGAUGAUCUGAUCAAAAUCUUUGCUGGUGCUAGAAACAUUCUCAUUUUGCCGAUAUGGGACUCAGACCGAAGGAGAUGGUUUGCUGGAACGCUGAUUUGGACAAAUGAGCCAGAUCGUAUCUUCACGACGGAAAACGAACUCGUCUAUACUUCUGCUUUUGCAAAUAGUAUCAUGGCUGAAAUUCGCCGAGUUGACGUGGAGGUAGCCGAGAAGUCCAAAACAAACCUGAUCAGCAGCAUCACGCAUGAACUGCGGAAUCCUCUUCACGGGAUCCUAGGUACAGCCGAUAUUCUGAGUGACACGGCCAUGAAUGCCCUCCAGCAUGGUAUGGUGCAUACGGUGGAGUCCUGUGGUCGCACUCUACUGGAUACCAUCAACAGUCUGCUUGACCUUACAUUCAUUGAUCAAUACAGGAAAGGCGAUACUUCUCAAAAGGGAAGGCGCAGGAAGAAUUCGAGCCUAGCGCGAAGUAUGCCUCUCGGUGCAAAGUCAUCGAUCUCGCAAAUUGAGCUGGAUGCGGUCCUUGAGGAAGUCGUAGAGUGUGUUUUCGCCGGGUACUGCUUCUAUAAUAACCCACAGACGCCUCCCCCAGCCCUGGCAGAGUCUUCAUCGCGGUCCGCUGGACAACCACGCAAGGCGGAACCUGUUGGUCCUCAAGCCAGUCAGGUCACGGUUAUCUUUGACAUUGAGCCAGACACGGAGUGGGACUUCGACACCCAUGCUGGGGCCUGGAGACGAAUCCUCAUGAAUAUCUUUGGCAAUGCGCUCAAGUAUACACAGUCAGGAUACAUCUAUCUCGGUUUGAAAUCGUCCAAAAGCUCCACUAAACACUCAAGGAACUCUUCCGGAAAGCAAAGAGGCGUCUUUGAUGUGACUAUCACCGUGAAAGAUACUGGAAAGGGCAUUGGACCGGCAUUUUUGCACAACGACCUUUUCAGCCCAUUCAAGCAAGAGGAUCCUCUGGCAUCUGGCAGCGGGCUAGGACUGAGUAUCGUGCGUCAGGCUGUUGCAUUCCUCGGUGGCUCAAUUGAAAUUCAGUCUACCAAGGGAUCGGGCACGCAAAUCUCGAUUCAAACGCCACUGAUCAAGUCACUCACAAAAUCCGAUACUUCUUCAUCGAACUCCUUCCUUUCUUUAAGGAAAUACACCGAAGAAAAGACGAUCGCGAUUUUAGGCUUUGGAAAGUCCCUCCGUUCGCAACGCGACACGGCUUUGUAUUCCUCAUUGGAGCGGGUGUGUCGCGACUGGUUUGGUCUGAAGGUGACCAAUCUGUCGCCUUUAGAAGGGAAACACAAACCCUAUGACUUUUACUUGGCUGUCCAGACGGAGUUGGAUUGUGAGGACACAGGAGGGAGGAAUAUCUUCGAUCUCGCUCGCCACUUCGAUACAGGAGACAACUGCACCUCGCCGGUCAUUGUAAUCUGUCAAUCGCCCGAGGAAGCUCACCGCAUGUUUGUUGCGUCUAAAGGCCGGAGUGGAACGGAAUUCUUCGAGUUUGUGAGCCAGCCUUGUGGACCUCGAAAAAUAGCCCGAGCCAUGAAUAUGUGCAUAAAACGACAGCGUGAUCGAGAGAGCGGACGCCGCGGCAGUGAAGAGCCGACUCGUUGGGUAGAAGUACCUCAAUCUUCCCAUUUACCAGUCGACAUCGAAGCCAGUGAUUCACCCGAGGAUAGAAUGAAGAUCAGCAAGCGUCCGACUGCAGAAACUAUGGGUACAGAGGAAGAUAACAGUCUACUCUCUCGAUAUCUAGAUCGCCCAGGCGCGGAUCGAGAGCAUGCCCUUUCGCCAGCGCUACCUUCCAAGUCUGAAAAAGAUACCCCAACGAUGGUAAAACCGUCUGUCUUAUUAGUGGAUGAUAACGAUGUUAAUCUCCAGUUAUUGUGUGCCUACGUUCGUAAAAGUGGCUUUGAAUACAAAACGGCCAAGGACGGAGCGCAGGCAGUUGAGACGUACAAGGCUCAUCCUGGAUUAUUCAAAGUUGUCAUCAUUGAUAUAUCAAUGCCUGUUAUGGAUGGAUUUGAGGCAUCACGAGAAAUCCGACGCUUAGAAAAAGAUCACAUUGCCGGGAUGUCCGAAUCAGAACAACAAAUAUAUGAACCGACAAUCAUCGCUGCUUUGACUGGUCUUGAUAGUGCCGGUGCUCAAAAGGAGGCACUCGGUUCUGGCAUCAACACUUUCCUGGUCAAGCCCGUCAAGCGAGCAGAGUUGCAGGCUAUCUUAAAGCGCCAAGUUUGA